CAAAAGGUCUCAUUUCGGCUUGACGCAAACGUCUCCUCGUCUCUCAUUGGUCCAAACGUUUAUUGCUUUACGGCCGCGCCCCGCCUCUUCCUCUCGCGCUGAAGGAGCAGUCAUGGAGACAGCUGGAAAAGUGAUCAAGUGCAAGGCAGCAGUUGCUUGGGAGCCUGGGAAGCCUCUUUCCAUUGAAGAGGUGGAGGUAGCCCCACCUAAGGCUCAUGAAGUCCGAAUCAAGCUCUUUGCUACGGGGGUGUGUCACACGGAUGCCUACACUCUGAGUGGGAGCGACCCCGAAGGGCUUUUCCCUGUCAUCCUGGGCCAUGAAGGCGCUGGCACAGUGGAAAGUGUCGGCGAGGGUGUCACCAAAUUCAAGCCAGGUGACACUGUCAUCCCGCUGUAUGUGCCACAGUGUGGUGAAUGCAAAUUUUGCAAAAACCCAAAAACCAACCUUUGCCAGAAAAUUAGAGUAACCCAGGGCCAAGGCCUGCUUCCUGAUAAGACCUCCCGCUUCACUUGCAAAGGAAAGCAAGUGUUUCACUUCAUGGGCACGAGCACCUUCUCAGAGUACACGGUGGUGGCUGACAUCUCUCUGGCCAAAGUGAAUGAGAAGGCUCCGCUGGAUAAAGUGUGCCUUCUUGGAUGUGGCAUUUCGACAGGUUACGGUGCUGCUCUCAACACCGCCAAGGUUGAGCCUGGUUCCACAUGUGCUGUGUUUGGCCUCGGAGCUGUCGGCUUGGCUGUUAUUAUGGGCUGCAAGGCAGCUGGGGCAACCAGGAUCAUUGGCAUAGACAUAAAUGCUGCAAAGUAUGAAAAAGCCAAGGAGUUUGGAGCCACUGAGUUUGUAAACCCCAAAGACCACAGCAAACCCAUCCAGGAGGUUUUAGUGGAGAUGACAGACGGGGGUGUGGACUAUUCCUUCGAGUGCAUUGGAAAUGUGCAAAUCAUGAGAGCUGCGCUGGAGGCGUGCCACAAAGGAUGGGGUGAAAGUGUCAUCAUCGGUGUGGCCGGAGCAGGGCAGGAGAUCUCAACCAGACCGUUCCAGCUGGUGACAGGCCGCGUGUGGAGGGGAACAGCCUUUGGAGGCUGGAAAAGCGUGGAGAGCGUUCCUAAACUAGUGGAAGACUAUUUGAAUAAGAAGCUGAAGGUGGAUGAGUUUGUGACCCACACCCUGCCCUUUGAGCAAAUAAAUGAGGGAUUUGAUCUCAUGCAUGCUGGAAAAAGUAUUCGCACAGUGCUGACCUUCUGAAGUGCCUGAAACAUUCACAUCCUUCACGUGGUGCCAUUAAACAAUCUCUGCCUGUAGUAGCACUUAUUUUUCUGCACUUGUUUUUAUAAUAAACUGGAUGUUUAAUGUUCCAAUAUGCAUAUUCUUACUAACAGAACGACACCAGAUUCAAAGUAGGUAACUACCUAAUUAAACCAGUUCUGAAAAAGCA